CUCGUGUUUUUCACCUCUGGUUGGCUAAGUUUUGGUAUUGUACUUUGUUCAAAAUGGAGCCAUCUAAAGUGCCAAGUCAAGUUCCACGUCAAGUUCCCAGACAAGUGGUCCAGUAUUCGUCUCUGCCCAGGCAAGGGGUCCACUAUCCGACUCUGCCCAGGCCAGUGGGUCAGUAUCCAUUUCAGCCCAGGCAAGUGGGUCAGUAUCCGUCUCAGCCCAGGCAAGUGGGCCAGUAUCCGUCUCUGCCCAGGCAAGUGGUGCAGUAUCCGUAUCUGCCCAGGCAAGUGGGCCAGUAUCCGCCUCCGCCCAGGCAAGUCGUACAGUAUCCAUGUCUACCGCCGUCGUUGCCAUUAGUCAAGCGCUAUGUCGACUGUGCGGAUAAGUGGCAAUCCAAGAUCUGUACCGACCAUUGGCUGGGAAGAUGUUAUCGUUUCCAGCCUUCGUGCCCCUUUAUACACUUGUAUGUUUGUGAGCUGGGAAAGGGCCUCCCUCCUCAGUAUGAUCCGGUGCCCGAGAAUAACUUCGACACUCCAGACCCUCCAGCUGACACCGACAGCGACUCGGAUGGGUCUAGCGUUAGCCAAACGAAGCAAUCGAAGUAAGAGUAUUUACGAUAUCGUGAGCGUUGAAGUAGCGGAAUGCUGGCGGGGGAGGUCUCCACAGUGUGAUGUGUUUGUCAACGCAUGCAUUGUUUUCGUUUCAAACAAUAUAACAUGUUUUUGUCUAUCACAAUGUAUAUGCAAUACAAACAUAGUCUCGUUGUAAAAACCACAAGUCACAGAAAUGCAUAAACGUACACCACGUUCAUGUUUUUAUUGUUUACAGUGCAUACAAUGUUCAUGUUCUUGCACACAGUGUUCAGGUUUUUGGAUACAAUUUUGGCGUUUUAGUUGAUACAUUGCUAGAGUAUUGCACGUAUAUUUGUAGGUUUUUGUUCACCACAUUGCAUACAUGUACAAUGUUUUCGUCUGGAACUAAUAAAAUAAGU